UCAUCUUCCACACCACAAUCGAGCCAGCUUACUUCUCGCGACCACAUCUCACCACCAACGUCGCUGUCACCUCACGAGACUAUUUCGACUCACUGCGAAUUCGCCUGUCCCCCCUGGUUACCCCAAGCACCUCUUUCGCGAUACCCUUUGCGCCGACCCCCAAACCCGCACUUCUCCAGCCCAAAACUCACGAAGUCCUCUAAAAAUGUCCUCCCCGGCCAACUCCGCUUCGGGCGCCGAUGGCGCAAAGAAACCCCUUGAGCAGAUCACUUUCCGAUUCUGCGCGGAGUGCAGCAAUAUGCUGUACCCGAAGGAGGACGAGGAGAGUCGCAAACUCCUUUUCACCUGUCGCACUUGCAACUACAACGAGGAAGCCACCUCAACGUGCAUUUUUCGCAACAUUUUGAACAACGCGGCUGGAGAGACCGCUGGUGUCACGCAGGAUGUCGGAUCUGACCCCACGCUACCAAGAUCCAAGAACCAAACUUGCCCCUCGUGUGGCAAUGACGAGGCCGUGUUUUUCCAGUCUCAGCAGCGGACAUCGGAAACGGGAAUGAAACUUUUUUACGUGUGCUGCGAUUGCGGAAACAUCUUUCAGUAAAUUUUUGCAUUAAAAACGGGGUUUGCUUCCUUGGGUGGCGUUGGGAUUGGCGGCGUGAUUUGGCCUGUUUUAUAUGAAGCGCAUCACGGAUCAUAGCGCUCGGGAAAACGGCAGAUUCUCACGAUUCCUCAACUUUCAGGGGAUCGGUAUGGGGUUUUACUUCUUUCAACUUGUUUCGUACUCUAGCUUACACGACGAUGGCUAACUCCGUCGCUGUACAAUUCGUCACCAAAUAUGACAUGCACAU